AUAUAUAUAUAUAAACAUGAAAGGAGUAGUCGAGGAGGAGAGGAAGAACCGUAAUAUUUUUUUCCUUCGUUAAUAGUUACCUGAUACAAAUAGUAAAGUUAUUAUAGCAAAAAAAAAAAAAAAAAAAAAGCCUUGAAAAGGAAACUGUGCAACCUGUGAGUUAUGAGAAGAAGAAAUUUAAUACCCAAGAGGUCCCCUAGUUCGGUCUCCAAAGUUUUGAAUUUCUCUUCUCCUUCAUCCCACAUCCAACGAUUCUUCAAUUAUAGCCGAAAAAAUAAAGCACCGCCAUCAACAAAUCGUGCACCUCUUAGAACGCAGAGUGAUUCAGCUGUUUCUGGUACGACGACCGGUUACCGGUUGUAUGAGUAAGGAAGGAAAUGAGAACGGAUCAAAUUGAUUAAAUUCUGGGCCGCGGGGGUGGGUGAUUUGACCUGAUUCCUGUGUGUUGUGGAAAAAAAAAAAAAUCAUUUCUUGCUGGCAGCCUUGAUUGGACUGGCAACAGAUCAAGACCAGGGCCAAUUAUAUAAAAAGGAGACAAGGGGCGGCGUCAAAAUGGCAGACUCACCACUUGCACCUGCACCUUCUUCCCCGGCCGACGACGGAACCUCUUCUCCGAUGGAAAGCCUUCUGGGUUUGCUCCGAAUCCGAAUCAAACGCGGCGUCAACCUCGCCGUCCGCGAUGUUCGCAGCAGCGACCCUUACUGCGUCGUCAAAAUGGGCAAGCAGAAACUGAAGACUAGUGUGAUAAAGAAGGAUGUGAAUCCUGAGUGGAAUGAAGAUUUAACUCUGUCUGUUACUGACCCGGAUCUUCCAGUCAAGUUGACUGUUUAUGACUAUGACACAUUCAGCUUAGAUGACAAAAUGGGGGAGGCAGAAUUCGACAUCAAACCAUUCAUGGAUGCAUUAAAGAUGGAUGUGUCAGGCCUACCAAACGGCACCAUCAUCACAAAAAUACACCCCAACAGGUCAAACUGCUUGGCGGACGAGACCUGCAUUACAUGUGUUGAUGGCAAAGUUCUUCAAGAUAUGUGCCUCCGAUUGAAAAACGUGGAAUGUGGUGAAGUUGAGCUUCAGUUGCAGUGGAUUGACCUCCCACACGGAAAAGGCUUUUAAAAGGAACCCGAAAGAAGAAGAAUCAGAGACUUAAAAGCCGGGAUGCUGGUCAGUCUAUCUCCAGAAGCAUAUAUAUAUUUACACACACUCCAUGGUUGGUGUAGCUACUAUCCUGUUGGUUUUGGCGAUGCAGCUUACACCACCAUAUUGUUCAUAGGUUGUGCAGUACCGCAAGCUGAAGAUCGAUCUCAUGAAUGGUCUUUUCUUUCUCAUUUAAAUUGUUAUUGGUGUAUUUAAUCAGCACAUACCUGGCAUAACUAUAUGUCAUGAAUGUCCAUCUUAUUACCAGUCCUCAACUAGGAUUUGAACUUGGAAAGACAGAUGAUGUGUUGCCAAUCAUCCUGAAUUAUGUUCCAGGAAACCUGAAAAUGAUGCAUGAAGAUAAUAUAUGCCUUACAUUCUUCCUUUACUUCUGCUGCCCUCCACGCCUUAUCUAUGUUUUUAUGUGUUUGUUCUGUUAUUUCACAAUGAUUCUCGAGACAACCACUGCAGGAAACAUGAGUGCUUCCUUUUAACCAGUUCUCACCUUCAAUUGGGACAUUUCCGGCUCCACAGAGACUCGGUUUGCUUUUGCUUUAGCUUUAGCUUUUCCAUUGUUCCGGUUCUUUCUCC